GAUUUUUUAAUCCCCAAAGUAACACAACAAAUAAGUUCCAGAGAAAUGCAUAAGGGUUUCAUAGAAGAGAAAAAGGCACAAGCUAUAGAAGGUUUCUAUCACUUAGCUAAUUUUAUUGAUAUUCUGUUGAGUAGUUUUACAUUAUCUUAGAGUUGUUUUGGUAUACACAUAAUUUAUGGAAAUGUUGUUUGAAGUGAGUUUUCACACCUCAAUUGGAACCAAAACACGGUUCGUUUGAGUCGAAGAUGGAGAAAUCUCCAGCGGCGAGCGAUGCGAUUGAAGGGAUAAAGGUAAGAAGCAAUGUUCAUAUUCCUGAUGAUCUCGCCUUUUCCAUUCUAUCAAAAUUACCUCUUAAAUCCUUGAAGCGUUUUGAAUGUGUAAGCAAAUCAUGGUCGCUCUUGUUUGAAAACCCUCGUUUUAUGAACAUGCUACGCAAUCAUUUUACAUCUAAUAAGCGUUCUGAUUAUGGUGAUACAUUUCUCUUCCUAAGUGCGGCUGAUUCGCCUCUUACAUAUGUUGCGUUCUAUUUGCUCUCCAAUGAGAAGUUUGAGAAUAGAAUCAAAUUUGAUUUGCCACCUCCAUGUCAAGAGGAUGACACUUUCCUUUAUAUUUUAAGUUCGGUUUGUAUUAAUGGUUUUUUCUGCAUGGGGCAAGAUACUCGUAGAGGACUGGUAAAUACCUUCCGAGCUGUAUUAUGGAAUCCGGCUACCUCGGAUUUUAUGGUUAUUCCUUCUAGUCCCGAUGAGCAUGUACCACCAUAUCGGAGUCCAUAUUUUGAUUUUCAGGGAUUUGGUUAUGAUCACAUGAGAGAUGACUAUAAAUUGAUUCGAUAUAUAUCAUUUUUUCCUGUAACCGACGAAGAUGAAGAUAUGCCAUUGGAAGAUAAAUCGUAUGAACCCUUGUUGGAGAUAUAUAGUCUUAGAAGUAACUCUUGGAGGAUACUCGAGAUCGAUAUGCUUGAUAUUCGUGAUUUUACUUAUGCUCAACCGCGGAUCGGAGUCUACUUGGAUGGAGUUUGUCAUUGGUUGGGUACUAGAGAUUUAUAUCAGAUUGAAGGUUGCUUGGUGUCAUUUGACAUGAGCAACGAGGUGUUGUUUAUGACACCUAUACUAGACAUAGAUGAAAGCUGUGAUUUGAUAUUUAUAAAGAGACACCUAGUGGUGUUAAAUGAGUCUAUUGCUUUGAUCUCAAAUUGCUUAAAAGCUACUACUUUUCAUAUUUCAAUUUUGGCUGAACUCGGUGUGAAGGAAUCAUGGAUCAAAUUAUUUAUUGUUGGGCCCAUACCUUCCAUUGAGUACCCCAUUGGAGUAGGGAAGAAGGGUGACAUUUGCUUCAAACAAGAAAACAAUGAACUAGUCUGGCUUGAUUUAAGCACCUUGGUAACUACAAAGAUUGGUGUCAAGGGAGUGAUAUAUGGUUGUCAGAUAGGAAUUUAUAAGGAAAACCUUCUUUCAACGGGAGGAUUUAAUAGUUAGUUGUUUUCUUGUUUUCUCCCGAGAGCCAUAUGACUAUGGUCAUUUGGAUUUCCAGCAUGUAUGCCAAGUGGCUUCUCAACUGUAGACUCCAUAGUUAUUAUCAAGUAUAUGAAAAAUUAAGAAGCCAUUUGAUUA